AUGUCUUCAAAUUAUGUAAAAAAUUAUCACAAUUCUGAUGAUAAUUGGAUUAAAAAGAAUCAACAUAUUUUAUAUGAAUCAUUAUUAUUUUGUUCUGAUAUAAAUAAAAAAAAUUGUCAUAAAGAUAUAAAUGAAUUUGAGAUUGUUGAAGAGAUAGGACAUGGUGCAUUUGGAAGAGUUUAUCAAGUGAAACAUAUAAAAAGUAAAGAAAUUUAUGCAAUGAAAGUUAUACCAACUGAUGAAAUAGUUAAAAGUAACCUGGAGCAUCAAUUAAAAAGAGAAAUAGGAAUUCAAAUGAGUACAAAUCAUCCAAAUAUUUUAAAAUUAUAUUCUGUUUUAAUUUAUCCCAAUUUAUGUAUUUUAAUAACAGAAUAUUGUAAAAAUGGCACAUUAUUUCAACUUAUUAAAAAAAAUGGAGCACUUGAGGAGAGAAUAGCAGUAAAAAUAUUUUUUGAAGUUGUAAAGUCUGUUGAUUACCUUCAUACAUUUGACAUUAUCCAUCGUGACAUAAAGUUAGAAAAUAUUUUAUUAACAGAAAAUUUUCAUGUUAAAUUAGGUGAUUUUGGAUGGUCUGUUUGGAAUGAUCAUAAAAAAAAAAUUGUACGACAGUCUACUAUAUGCGGUACUCUUGAAUAUCUCCCUCCAGAAAUGUUAAAAAAAAGCCGGCAUUAUAAUAAAAAAGUUGAUAAUUGGGCACUUGGAAUUCUUUUCUUUGAGAUGGUUGUCGGUUCUGCUCCAUUUAAUAUUAAUAAUUUAAAAUCAAAAUUUUCUAAACUUGUCAAGGAAUGUGAAAUUCCUUUGCCAGAUUACAUAAGUGAAAAUGCUAAAAUUGUUAUAAAAGGACUUUUGAAAAAAGAACCUGAAAAACGUUGGAGUUUGGAGGAUAUAUUUAAUAGUGAAUUAUUUAAAAUAUAUGGAAAACAUUAG